AUGCCAGCCCAGGGACUGCCCCUGCACGUGGCCACCCUGCUGACGGGGCUGCUGGAAUGCCUGGGCUUCGCAGGCGUCCUUUUUGGCUGGGCAUCCCUGGUGUUUGUCUUCAAAAAGGAGCAUUACUUUGAGGAGCUGUGUGAACCCGGGCUGACGGGCAACGCCACGGGUGUGGAAGACUGCAAAGCCCAGGAUGAGAGGUUCUCCCUCAUCUUCACCCUGGCGUCCUUCAUGAACAACUUCAUGACCUUCCCCACCGGCUUCAUCUUUGACCGUUUCAAGACCACCGUGGCCCGCCUCAUAGCCAUAUUUCUCUACACUAGUGCCACGCUCAUCAUAGCCUUCAUCUCUGCAGGCUCAGCGAUGCUGCUCUUCCUGGCCAUGCCCAUGCUCACCGUCGGGGGAAUCCUGUUUCUGAUGACCAACCUGCAGGUUGGGAACCUAUUUGGCAAACACCGCUCGACCAUCAUCACCCUCUACAAUGGAGCAUUUGACUCUUCUUCAGCUGUCUUUCUCAUCGUUAAGCUCCUUUAUGAAAAGGGCAUCAGCCUCAGGGCCUCCUUCAUCUUCCUCUCUGUCUGCAGUGUGUGGCAUAUUGUGCGUACUUUCUUCCUGAUGCCUCGGGGGCACAUCCCCUACCCCCUGCCUCCCAACUACAGCUAUGGCUUGUGCUCUGGGAUUGGCAUCAGAGAGAAGAAAGGAGCUCUGGGAUUGGCAUCAGAGGGGACAGCCGCGUCCAAAGAGCUGGAUCUACAGGCCAAGGAGUUCCUGCCACCAAAGGAAGAGAUCCCAGGACCAGGGCAGCUGGAGGAGCCCCGUUCUUUCAAGAGCUCUGUUCUCUCCCGGCGCUUCGCCUGGCACCUGGUGUGGCUGUCCGUGAUACAGACGUGGCACUACCUCUUCAUUGGCACCCUCAACUCUCUGCUGACCAACUUGGCCAGUGGGGACAGGGAACUGGUCAGCAGCUACACAAAUGCCUUUGCCAUCACUCAGUUCUUUGGAAUGCUGUGCGCCCCCUGGAAUGGCCUGCUCAUGGACCAGCUUAAGCAGAAGUACCAAAAGGAAGCGAGAAAGACGGGUUCUUCGGCCUCAAUCGCAGCCCUUUUCGCAGCAGUGCCUUCGCUGGCCCUGACGUCUUUGCUGUGCCUGGGCUUUGCCAUCUGUGCCUCGGUGCCCGUCCUCCCCCUCCAGUACGGCACCUUCGUCCUGCAAGUGAUCAGCCGCUCUUUCCUCUACGGGGGCAACGCCGCCUUCCUCACCAUCGCCUUCCCUUCCGAGCACUUUGGGAAGCUCUAUGGGCUGGUGAUGGCCCUGUCAGCCAUUGUGUCUCUGCUGCAGUUCCCCAUCUUCAUACUCAUCAAAGGUCCCCUCCAGAACGACCCGUUCUAUGUGAACGUGAUGCUGGUGCUGAUCACUCUCCUGACCUUCGUCCACCCCGUCCUGGUGUACCGCGACUGCCGGCAGAAAGCAACCGCCCCUGCAACCACCUUUUAA